AUGACAUUCAGUUCGGGCCUGCCAGCGAGCUUGCCGAACACUGGUCCGAGUGCUCCCAGCGCCCCUCCCGACCCUAUUGCCAGCAGGGCGGCAGCCUCAUGCCUGACAUUCAACGCUCCAAGGCGGGGCAUCUCCCAUGCGCGAUGCUGA